AUUUGAUCACAUUUUAAACGAAUAAUUCUUAUGAUUACAACCACUAGUAGUGUUAUUAUUACAGUGAAAUAGAUAACCGUGUUAACACAGUGUUAACUGUCAUGUUUACCCAACAUUUUAUAAGUAGUAUACUUUGUCUAAUAGUUAUUCAUCUAUGCUGUUUUCUCAAAGGAUAUCAAUCGGUAAAUGAAGAAAUACUCGAGAAGGAAAGACUGGGCAGCUUAUGCAGUAAAUGUCAGACGACUGUUACUAAUGUAUUGAGUAAAGUGUUAAACUUAGACAAUCAACUGAAAUGGGAAAAAGAAUUUUUAAAUGGAUGUGAAUACACUGGUCCAUUUCGUGAUUAUUGUGCAUCAUUCUUCAGUUCAACAAUGUUUAAAUUUAUAAAUAAAAUUGUGGCAAAUAUUGAACCGCAUAGUUUUUGUCAAAGACUAUUUCUGUGUUAAAUUUAGAAACAGUUCAAAUUCCAAUCAAAAUCGAUUAACAACAGCUACAAUUACUUGCCCAUAAAAAAUAUGUUGCGCCAAAUAAAUUUAAUUAAUAAAUAU